AUGGACCCCUUCCCGACAUUCAACGUUGAUUAUUCCUCUGACCCUACCUAUUCUGGGUACUACCCUAAUACGGAUUACUGGAACUGGGUCAACUAUUACUAUCAAAAUGGAUUCACAUAUGAUCAGCCGACGUCUUCUGGAUAUUCAUUCACCCCAUCAACUUUUACGAUGUCAACUCCAAGUACCUCCUCAGAAUCUGAUUCAACUGCCACUUCAUCUCCAAUGCUCUCAAUGACGCCUUCAUUCUAUCCGACGUCAACUUCUACAAUGACGCCACCAACCACCACCACCACUCCUCAUCGUUCCCAGGGUUCUCCUAAACAAUGCUCCAACUGCUUCGCCACGGAAACAUGUCAAUGGAGGAAUGUUCGAUCGGAGAAUGGAAUUCUGUGCAAUGCUUGUUUCAUCUACCAGAGGAAGUAUAAGAAGACUCGACCAGUUAGUGCAAUGGAGAAAUAUAGGAGUAAGAAAGCUCAUCGACAAAGUAAUUAUGACUAA